CCGCCUGCGCAGUGCCGCGCCCGCCCGGGCCGCAGCGGGAGCCGCCGGGGCGCUGGCCGGGUAGGGACACGCUCGGAUCCCGCGACAGCGCUCGGUUCCUCCCGAGGAGCAGCGGGUGCAGGAGGAGGGAGCGCUGCGAGCAGGAGGAAGGCCCGGGGCCUGACAGAACGCUUUGGUUUUUGCAGGGAAGCSAGAGGGAAGGCGGGCAGCCCAGGAGAGCCGGAGCCGAGGAGGGUAUGUCGGGAUCCGACCCCUCCGUUGUGUGGCCCAGGGCCCGCUGUGGCAGCCACCCSCUGCCCACCAUGGUGAAGCUGGACAUCCACACCCUGGCCCAUCACCUGAAGCAGGAGAGGCUCUACGUCACCUCGGAGAAGCAGCUGAUCCAGAGGCUCAACGCCGACGUGCUCAAGACGGCCGAGCGGCUGUACCGCACYGCCUGGAUCUCCAAACAGCAGCGCAUCAACCUCGACAGGCUCAUCAUCACCAGUGCUGAAGCUUCUCCUGCUGAAUGUUGCCAGCAUGCAAAAAUCCUGGAGGACACACAGUUUGUCGAUGGAUACAAGCAGCUGGGAUUUCAGGAGACUGCUUAYGGAGAAUUCCUAAACAGACUGAGAGAGAACCCCAGGCUCAUUGCAUCCUGCCUGGUYGCUGGAGAGAAACUCAACCAGGACAACACCCAGAGUGUCAUUCACACAGUCUUUACCUCCAUUUAUGGCAACUGCAUCAUGCAGGAGGAUGAGAGUUACCUGCUCCAGGUCCUCCGUUACCUGAUUGAGUUUGAACUCAAGGAGAGCGACAACCCCAGGCGGCUGCUGAGACGAGGCACCUGUGCCUUCAGCAUCCUGUUCAAGCUUUUCUCUGAGGGACUCUUCUCUGCAAAGCUUUUUCUCACUGCAACCUUACAUGAGCCCAUCAUGCAGCUKCUGGUUGAAGAUGAAGACCACCUGGAAACCGAUGCAAACAAAUUAAUUGAGAGAUUCUCCCCUGCACAGCAGGAAAAGUUAUUUGGAGAGAAAGGCACAGAAAAGUUCAAGCAGAGAGUCCAAGAGAUGGUUGACUCCAAUGAGGCCAAGCUGGUGACCUUGGUCAACAAAUUCAUUGGCUAUCUCAAACAAAACACUUACUGUUUUCCUCACAGCUUGAGGUGGAUCGUGUCCCAGAUGUACAAAACGCUGUCGUGUGUGGACAGGCUGGAGGUUGGGGAGGUCAGAGCCAUGUGCACGGAUCUCCUCCUGGCCUGUUUCAUCUGCCCUGCCAUYGUCAACCCAGAGCAGUAUGGGAUUAUUUCUGAUGCUCCUAUCAAUGAGGUGGCAAGAUUUAAUCUGAUGCAGGUUGGGAGACUUCUGCAGCAGCUGGCAAUGACAGGCUCUGAGGAGGGAGAUCCACGUAUGAAGAGCAACCUCGCUAAAUUUGAUAAAAGCUGUGUGGCUGCGUUCCUGGACGUGGUGAUCGACGGGCGCGCGGUGGAGACGCCGCCGCUGUCGGGGGUGAAUCUGCUGGAGGGGCUGAGCCGCACCGUGGUGUACAUGACCUACAGCCAACUCACUGCCCUGGUUGGCUUCAUGAGGAAUGUGAUGUCAAGUGAUCAGCUUAAGGAAGAUCGGAUGGCUUUGGAAAACUUGCUGGCAAAUUUACCCCAGAACAAACCAGGGAAAAGCAGCAGCCUUGAGAUGACUCCAUAUAACACCCCYCAGCUUUCUCCUGCAACUACUCCAGCUAACAAAAAAAAUCGACUGCCCAUAGCCACUCGAAGCAGAAGUAGAUCAAACAUGCUGAUGGACCAGCACGGAGAUCACGAAGGCUCCUCCCAGGAGACUAUUCCAGAAGUUCAGCCAGAAGAAGUGCUGGUGAUUUCUUUGGGGACAGGUCCACAGAUUACUCCAGGAAUGAUGUCAGAAAACGAGGUGUUAAAUAUGCAGCUUGCAGAUGGAGGGCAAGGAGAUGUCCCCAUUGACGAGAACAAACUCCAUGGUCCUUCCAAUCGCUCCAACUCUGUGUCCUCUCUGGAUCUGGAAGGGGAGUCGGUGUCGGAGCUCGGCGCGGGCCCCUCGGGCAGCAACGGUGUUGAGGCUCUGCAGCUGCUGGAGCACGAGCAAGCCACAACUCAGGAUAAUCUGGAUGACAAGCUCCGUAAAUUUGAAAUCCGUGACAUGAUGGGUUUGACUGAUGACAGAGAUAUAUCAGAAACUGUGAGUGAAACCUGGAGCACAGAUGUUUUGGGCAGUGACUUUGACCCCAACAUCGACGAGGACCGGCUGCAGGAGAUCGCAGGUGCAGCUGCAGAGAACAUGCUAGGCAGCUUGCUGUGUUUGCCAGGUUCAGGAUCCGUGUUGCUUGAUCCCUGCACAGGUUCAACCAUAUCAGAAACCACAAGUGAGGCGUGGAGUGUGGAAGUAUUACCAAGUGAUUCAGAGGCUCCAGAUUUAAAACAGGAGGAAAGACUCCAAGAGCUGGAGAGCUGUUCUGGGCUGGGAAGCACAUCUGAUGACACAGAUGUCAGGGAGGUCAGCUCUCGGCCCAGCACUCCUGGCCUSAGUGUUGUAUCAGGUAUUAGUGCAACKUCUGAAGAUAUUCCUAACAAGAUUGAGGAUCUCAGGUCUGAAUGUAGCUCUGACUUUGGGGGAAAAGAUUCUGUAACAAGUCCUGACAUGGAUGAAACAGCCCAUGGGGCCAGUCAGUUGACAUCUCCYCCUUCUCAGACAGAUUCUUUGCUUGCAUUGUUUGACCCUUUAUCCUCAAAUGAGGGUGUGUCAGCUGUGGUGAGGCCCAAGGUGCACUAUGCAAGACCCUCUCACCCCCCUCCAGACCCUCCCAUCCUGGAAGGAGCCGUGGGAGGUAACGAGGCUCGAUUGCCCAACUUUGGCUCUCACACUUUGAUCCCAAGYGACCUGGAAGCCUUCAAGCAGAGACAUUCAUACCCAGAGAGGCUGGUGCGCAGCCGCAGCUCCGACAUCGUGUCCUCGGUGAGGAGACCCAUGAGUGACCCAGGCUGGAACAGACGUGCUGGCAAUGAGGACAGGGAGCUGCCCAUGGCCUCCAGUGCUGGGGCAGCCGUGCUGGCAGCCACCUCUCAGUCAUCAUCUUCAUCUCCCAGCAAGGACUCCUCCAGGGGAGAGAUUGAGGAACGGAAAGACAGUGAUGAUGAGAAGUCUGACAGGAACAAGCCCUGGUGGAGGAAACGUUUUGUGUCUGCCAUGCCCAAAGCUCCUAUUCCAUUUAGGAAGAAAGAAAAACAAGAAAAAGACAAAGAUGACAUGGUGCCUGACAGAUACGCAACGCUUCAAGAUGAUCCCAGCCCAAGGCUCAGUGCACAGGCACAAGCUGCUGAGGACAUUCUGGACAAAUACAGGAAUGCAAUCAAGAGAACGAGUCCCAGCGAAGGAGCCAUCGUGAACUAUGACAGUGCAGAGGCAAUUGGGGAUGGUGAGAGCAUGCACGACUCCCCACGGGAUGAGGCUUUGCAGAACAUGUCUGCAGACGACCUCCCAGACUCUGCAAGUCAAGUAGCACAACCACAGAGUUCUGCUUUCUCCUACAGGGAUGCAAAGAAGAAAUUGAGGUUGGCUCUUUGUUCAGCAGAUUCUGUUGCCUUCCCAAUGCUGACACAUUCAACAAGGAAUGGUCUCCCAGACCACACAGACCCCGAAGAUAAUGAGAUUGUGUGCUUCUUGAAAGUGCAGCUGGCUGAAGCCAUCAACCUGCAGGACAAGAACCUGAUGGCGCAGCUGCAGGAGACGAUGCGCUGCGUCAGCCGCUUCGACAACAGGACCUGUCGGAAGCUGCUGGCAUCCAUUGCAGAGGACUACAGGAAAAGAGCUCCAUAUAUUGCUUAUUUAACUCGCUGUCGCCAAGGGCUGCAGACCACUCAGGCACAUCUGGAGAGGCUCCUGCAGAGAGUCCUGAGAGAUAAAGAAGUGGCCAACAGAUAUUUCACCACAGUGUGUGUGAGGUUACUGCUGGAGAGCAAAGAAAAGAAAAUAAGGGAGUUUAUUCAAGAUUUCCAGAAACUCACAGCAGCAGAUGACAAAACAGCCCAAGUGGAGGAUUUUCUGCAGUUCCUGUACGGGGCUAUGGCUCAGGAUGCCAUAUGGCAGAAUGCCAGYGAGGAGCAGCUCCAGGAUGCACAAUUGGCCAUCGAGCGCAGUGUGAUGAAUCGCAUCUUCAAACUCGCCUUCUACCCKAAUCAGGAUGGAGAUAUUUUGCGUGACCAGGUCCUUCACGAGCACAUACAGAGGUUAUCCAAAGUAGUGACUGCAAACCACAAGGCACUUCAGAUACCUGAGGUUUAUCUCCGGGAGGCACCGUGGCCAUCAGCACAGUCUGAAAUCCGCACAAUAAGUGCUUACAAAACCCCCAGGGACAAGGUGCAGUGUAUCCUGAGGAUGUGCUCCACCAUCAUGAACCUGCUCAGUCUGGCCAACGAGGAUUCGGUACCUGGGGCCGACGAUUUUGUUCCCGUUCUGGUCUUUGUCCUCAUAAAGGCCAACCCCCCUUGCCUGCUGUCCACUGUGCAGUACAUCAGCAGUUUCUAUGCCAACUGUCUGUCUGGAGAGGAGUCCUACUGGUGGAUGCAGUUCACAGCCGCCGUGGAAUUCAUCAAAACCAUCGACGAUCGCAAGUAACGGGCACAGCACUGAGCAGGACAGGCCUUCUGAGAAUGUACAACAGCUGCAAAAGCUGAGCAAAAGACUUUCCUUGUAAAAUACUGUACAGAAUUGAGGCAUUUUAAAACACACCUUUACUAAUCUAAUUAACUUAACAGAAUUUCCUCUUCUCUUUGGRUUGCGUUUUUUUCUCCCCUCUAGACACUGGCACUGCAAAAGGGACCACAGUUUUCAGGUAUUUUGGAGUUUCAAAACAUUCAGAAAAUUCUUCAUGUUUUCUCCACCACCCCUCUUCCUGAAUUCUUAUUCAUGUGAAUAAUUCACUUCAUUUAAUUUCUUACAGAAAACUGAUACAAGAGGAAUCAGGGCAACCACGCAGUACACUUUCUAGUUGAAUACACCUUUUAUUAAGGAAACACCAGCCACACUGAAAGUUUGUAGUAGCUGACAUCAGUUAUUGAUUAUAUUUCACCUAAAUUUAAAAUCUGAGAGGACAGUGUAAAUAUUAUAUAACUAUAUUUAAUGCAUUGCAAGUAUCUUUGGACUUACUAUCCUUUGAAUAAACAAGCAAAAGCCUCUCUGACCUCUAACAGGUUGUGAUGUACCAUGUUUUGGUGACAAAAGGACUUCCUCAAAAGGCUAAGGUUUUAAAAAGGGCAAACUGAACUAUUUAUUAAGAUGUAAUUAAGAUUACUGAAAUUUCUAAAACUGGAAUUUAUAAUAGGGCUUGUUAGCUAGCUGAACACUUCUUGGCUAGGGCAUUAGGGUGUUACAGAGGUGUGGAUAUAUGGACGAGAGGGACUGUAAGUUACAAUAGAGAAGUCUAAUAUAAAAAGGAGAAAUAAAAUACCUUACUGUAAUAUUUUUUUCUGAGCUAUUGUGUAUACUGUACAAACCCAAAACAGAGAUCCUUAACAGAACCUUGGGCUGUAAUAUAUAUUUUGAUUAGUUACAUUAAAUACAUAUGCCAGGGGGUUCAGUGAAUGUUUUUACUAAAUGUUCUUCAUGUUGUCUGCUAUGCAGCAGUGCAAGUUUUACUGUUCAUAUAAAAUAUUUUAAAAUAAUAKAACACUGUUCUUUAUGAAAACAUAUCAUGACAUCAGUUCAGGGUGUUUUAUAGAUUUCUCACCCCGCCUUCCCCUUAAACUGACAUUAGCAAUUUAAAGAGGUUUUUAUGCACAACACCACAUGGGUUUUUCAUGAGUGAAGUGGUCUGGGCCAUGGCCAGUGGGUGUUGGUUGUAUUUAAGCACUUGCUGCUCUUUUUCAACUUGAAUACAAUGAAAAAGGACAGCAAGCACUGAACUUUUUCAUGUCAGUAUUAUUCCUUUGCUCUUUCCAGAGUGUKAAUUGCACUUCUGACAGAGGGAUGUGGUAAGACUCGGUGUCUGAGUGGUAAAGAAAACAAUCUUUCCCACAUUCUUUUCAAAACAUGAUUGGUUCAUUUUGUGUGUAUGUGCAUUUUGAUGAUUAAAACCUGUAAGCAACUAGUACUUGGGAAAAUCAUGUGGUUAAUUGGAAUUAGAGCAAUUUAUGUAAAGUACUGAGUGCUUGAAUUGGCUGUGCUACUUGUCAAGGCAUAAUAAGAAAACUUACUUUUCAGGGCUCUCAGAUAKAACUCAGUCUAACAGUUUUGCCAAACUAAUCACAGGUGAGAAGGUGGGAUGGUCAACUUUUCCUUUUAUUUAUAGUYUUUCUCCUCUGUUAGAGACUUGAUUGUGUGGAGGAGCAAUACUCAGUCAAAACAGAAUUCUUCUGCUCUGCCUUACUUGGUGACUCAGUCUGUGUAGCAUUGCAAUAUUCUGGUUAUUUUGCCUUGAUGGGUUUUUGGUGCUGAACACGUAACUCAAUAUUGCAAGCACAGCCCUGACCAAUAACACUCAGCAGCAAAGCACAAACAUGCCCUUGAAGAUAUGGCCAGAUCAUAUCAAAAAGCAAUAUAAAUUCAUUUCUAUUGAAGUGUCCUGUAACAUGUAAUUAUUACUUGAAUAUCCAAGACGUUCAGACCGAUGUGUGAAAGUUCUGCAGUUUGGGUGUUGGUUGAGGAGAGUGUUUGUAGGAUCCCUGAGGAAGGACACAGGAGCUGGUGAUCACCCUGYGUUCCUCUCUUUCCUGGCUCACAGGGUUUGGUCAGCACCCUCAGGGCUUUCAGCUUUGCCCUCCUUUAUGGAAGGGGCAAGAACCAUUUCCUUCACAGCUUUUAUCACUUGGUUUCUCUGCAUCGAAAAAUACUUCAAAGAACUGGAGUCUUUUUUUUUAAAUGUUACUUAGUUAUUUUAAAACCAGUAGUUGUUUCAGUGAGCCCCAGGUGAGCUGAGAGUUUUUGUAGCAAGAUGGUCCUUUGCUUCUUUUUUCCAGCCUACUCUAAAGGUCCUUUAUAUAGUCUUGAUAGGUGUAGUUAGAGAAUUAGGCUUUCCAAAGAAUUWAAAACCUGCCUGUAAUGUCCUUUUACUGUUUUCCCCAGUGUCCUGUAAUGUUUUGUUUUAAAAUGCUAAAUUCCAUGUCUAGGAAGUGAUGUUGUUAGGUUUGAUGUGCAAUAGCRAAGAUGAAAAGAUGGUGCAUAAAGGACCAAAAGUACCAGAACUGCUGCCAAAAGGUGCCAGCCACGGGCCUGUUGCUGUAAUCUCGGUGCUUUCUGUGAAUUWAACUAYUUCAGCCACUGGAGGAGGAAUGGAACAUUUUGGGCAAGGUGGAGCAGGGCAGGGCCCUUGGUGACAGUCACAGGGUGGAUUUCAGGAUUGUUGGCACUUUCUGAGGAGCUGCCACGUUACACAAUGACAUGUCUGUGCCUGGGAAUGCUGCAGAGGUGCUGGUUUCCUUUUUGGGUGGAGGAGGGAAAGGGAAGGGGCUUGGGUUUUUCAUCUCUAGGAGAUUCCUUUGUGCUCCUAGGUGAGAUUUCUCUUUAAACCUUUUUAAAAUCCUCUUUAAGGAGAAUCAGAAUGUGUCUGGCCUAUCAAGGAUUUGAGUUUAAAAGUUUUUGUUUUGAAGACCUUUAACUACCAAAUGCUGAAUGUAACUGCCAUAAAUUUCAGGAAAAAAAAGCCACAAACAUGAUGCUGUUUCCUGUGGGUGAGUCUGGUGAGCGCAGUGUUGGUUCGUAUCGCUUGGAAAMGUUCUUGUCCUGUUAAUCCAAAUUCUCACAGAAUUGGAGAACUCACUGCCAUGGGAAUGGGGUGGGGGAAGGGGGCAGAGCUGCUGGCAGCAGAAUUGUGUGUUGGCACGAGUGAGGCAGUGCCUGGASAGCUGGAGCAGCAGUGGGGACGGAGGGGGAAGGAUGCUCGUGUCUGAGUACUGCUGGUUGAGCCUGUACUACUUGAGAAUUAACCUCUGCUGAGUUAGUAGUGUGUGUUCUGUACCUUUUAAUUGUGCUUUACCUCUGUUGAAAAGCUUUGUACUGCCUCUCCUCUUUGGUAAAGCCUUUAUAAAUCUAAAUUAACGAGCUUGCACAAUCUUGUAUACAGGAACCCCAUCUUGUCUCUUAACGUGAUUAUUAAUGUAUUAUUCUGUAAAAACUGAUUAAAAGGAGAGCAGUUUAACCGCCUGGCUUUGACGUUUCUGCCUUG